GAUAAAGAAACACAAGAAAAUAAUAUAACAAAUCAUGUUUAAUUUACAAAAGGGGCUGAUUUAAAAAGCUGAUUUAUCUCAAAUAAAAUGAGCAGAGAAAGAAUUUAGCUAGAAAUUGAAAUUAGGUUAAUUCAAUAAUCAAACUAAUCCAGAAAUUUCUUAAUAACCGAUAGGGCAGAGCAUAAAUAGCUAUUCAAUUAUUCUUCAGUUAUUGCAUUAAACCCCCAUUUAACAAUCUAUGCAGAUUUAGAGUGGGAAUUAGAUUUUUUAAAUUAUUUAAAAUUGUUCCACAGUUUUUCAAUUGGAAUCAACUCAGGAAGGUAAGAAUGUUACCCAAAUAUUAAAUAGUUUCAUCACAAUCUUUGAUUUAUGAAUAUGACUGUUAUCAAAGAGUAUUGUAAAGGUUUGCC